UAUACAAAAGGAAAGAAAAUACGGUGGUCUCUAUGAGAAGGGGGAGAAUGAGAGAGAAUAUGAGAUUCGAAUGAAAAAAAGAGGGUGAAAUGAAAAUUAUAAGUAGGAGGUAUAGCAUAGGACGGUGACGGCAGCAAAUAUUUACCAAACAUGAAAAUGAAGGGAGGGACACAUUUCAUAAUAGUCUUAAUUGAGAAAUGCGUCCAAUUUUCCAAUCAAUUUCUAAUGUAAUCAAAAUUCCAAUUCCGCUGCUCACUCUCUCAUCUCAUCUCACGCCUCCACCGGUGCCGUCGCCGCCGGCGUUCCUUCUGGAUUUUGAUUCGAAUUUGAUGCCUGGUUUUGGUUUAUAAUAGUUAGCUUUUACAAAAUAUACAAUUGGAUGGAAUUUCGGAUUCGGUUGGAAAUAUUGGUUCCUUCUGGUAUGAUUUGCGACUGUGGAGCUAUAUCUCGCCGAUGAUUCUUGUGAAUGUAAUUUGUAAUUUCGGCCACGUUGUUGUAAUGUUUCCUGCAAUGCCUUCUCGUUUGGUCUAGGAAGAGCAAGCCUACAACUCAAGAUUGUCUGAGGAAUGAUUUGAAUAAUGGGACGAACAUCUACUUAACUGCGAGAAAACUUAUAGUAAUGUUCUACACCAUUCAAAUUUGUAAAGAAUCUUCAAGCAUGAAGAAAAGGUGGUUGUGUAGCCGUUAAAUGUAGUCAAAACAAUUUCUUGUACUAGAAACCUCUUAUUCAUAUUGUUACCUUCCAAGUCGGUUGCUAGUGGAGUUGAUUAGUAAGACUUACGAACUAUUUGCUCAAUUUUGGAUGCAUGAGUUCUAUGUUUCUUUUCCAAACUAGUUGCUCAAUCUCUAAUUACUCAAGCAACAGGCUGAGUCACCAUUUGUCAGCUGCUCUACUGAUAGGUCUAUUCGUGGCUCCCUUUUUUCUUUCCUCAUCACUCUUUUAUCAAAUAGAUGGUUUCCAAACUCAUUUACGUGGCUUCAUAUGAAGCUGAAAACGAUUUUGAGUUCUCUUUGAGACAAGCUUUCCAGCUUCUUGAACCAAAGUUAAGACCUCCAUUUUGCUUAAAGAUUCCAGAUCCACAAGAAUACUUGGAGCUGAAUCGGGCUAUUCUCUAUGGGAUUUUAUGUGAACCAGUCUUUGCUAAAACUCAUAUUAAGCAUUUGCAUGCAAUCGUCACUGAUGGUUAUGGUCUGAUUGUUUAUCUGCUUCGGAAGGUUGUUCACGAACUAUAUGUUAAACUCAUUGAUUCAGCAAAGAGUCAGAUAUUUUGGGUAAUUGAGGAAAUGAUAGAUGUAUGUGCUGUAGGUGUUGAUGGUGUUCUGCUAUCCAUGUUGAGGCAAAUUGUUGGUGGGGAUUUUGGUGAAGGGAAUUUAUGGUUGUGUUUUGAAUUGGUGAGUCUAUUUUUGAACAAGUGGAGUUGUUUACUGGAAGAAUUACCAGAGGUUAUACCGAGUGCAUUAUAUACCUUUCUACGGUUAUUGGCAGAUCACUGCAGAUUAUCAGGUCCAAAAUUGGAGUCUCUGAAGCAAUUGGAGGUUGAAUUUUGCAUUAAAGUAAUUAGGGAGGAAUUUAAUUUUUGUUUGAAGAUUGGGAGAGAUUUUAUUAGACUCUUACAAGAUCUAGUUUAUGUACCUGAAUUUAGGGCUGUAUGGAAAGACUUGUUAUUAGAGCCAAGCAACUUUAGAACUCCAGCGUUUUUGGAUAUUUCAAAAGUUUACUACACUAGAACACCAAGUCGAUACUUUUUGCUUCGUAUUUCCCCAGAGAUGGAGGCCCAACUGCGGUUUUUAAUGACAAAUGUGAAGCUGGGCUCUCAAAACCGCUACCAGGUGUGGUUUGCCAAGAAGUUUCUACAUGGGUCUGAGAGGGAAACUGUCAUUUGUGACAUUGUUAGGUUUAUAUGUUGUGCACAUCAUCCUCCAAAUGAAGUCAUUCAGUCUCCUAUUAUUCCAAGAUGGGCUGUUAUAGGAUGGCUUUUGAAAUGUUGUAGGAAGCAUUAUAUUGAAGCCAAUGCAAAGCUUGCUCUCUUUUAUGAUUGGCUUUUCUUCGAUGAUCGAACUGACAAGAUUAUGAACAUUGAGCCUGCAAUGCUGUUAAUGGUAUAUUCUAUACCUAGAUAUAUUGAUAUGGUUCACACUCUUCUUGAAUUUUUAUUCCUUCUUGUGGACAACUAUGAUGUGGAAAGGAAGGAUAAAAUAACUUUGGCCGUCUCUUCAGCUUUUACUGCACUUACUGAGAAAGGAGUAAUUUCCUCAUUGGACACUCUGACUUCUUUUGACGGCCUUUCUCCUUUAUUGCGAGACAGGCUUAGGAUAAUUUCAUCAGGUAGGAAGGUACAAUUUCCAAAGGAAUUGGAAUUAUAUGGUGGACCUGAUCACUCUGUGAAGCCCCUGUCUUCUUCGAGUAAAUCUUGUGCAGAAACUGGCAUGAUAUAUCCUGAAAGCCAACCUAGCUGCAUUGUAGCCAAUGGAAAUGAUACAUCAGUUGGUGCUUCUGUUCCUAUUCUGGUCGAUGUAUCUUCCUCUCAUCAUUCAGUUGUUACAGACGUACAACAAUGUGACAAUGUAGAGAUUUUGGUGAAAAAUCUUGGAGAUGUUACUAGAAAGUCCAGUAAAAUGGGACUCAAAAUUCUGGAAGAACUUCUAGCUCUAUUUCUCUCGCUUUAUGACAAUGAACGAGCUAGCAGUUCAAUAAGCACUGAAAUAUUGUCUUCCAGAAUAGUAAAUACCUAUGAGUUGAGUGGGUAUAAACUAUUUUCUUCUGUUGAAUUACUUCCAAAUAAUCCAAGCUAUGAUGAUGAAAUAGGAUCUGCCACUGCCUUAAUAAUCCGUACAUUCAUCUUUCAUCAAGAAAAAAAUAUGCACGAAUUGCUUUUAUUUUGUUUGAGGAAUGCUUUCCCUGUGGGGGCACGAUUGUUAUCUUAUGUAUCUCGUCUGGCUUAUGAGGCAAACAAGGCAGGUUUUACAGGCAAUGAAGUGAUUGAGAACAGUGAUGGUGGAGAAAUUGAUUCGAAGACCCAGUUAUUGCUGUUCCAUCUGAAUGGGUACUUUUCUUUCAGGAGUGGUAUGAGAGAAAACCCUCAAGAUACAAUUGUCUCUUUUUCUGAAAUAGACAAAAUGUUGAUUGCUAAUUUGGUAAGAAAUGCUUUUUCUGCCUAUAGAUGUUUCCUUGCUUAUUCGAAAGAUACUUUUUCCAAAGAUGCAGAUAUAUCUUUAACCAAGGUCUUCUAUCUUGAUUUGAUGUCCUGUGUGGAAUGGAAUGCAAGGAGAGUGAAAUUCUUAUUUCGUUGCGUAUUUGAUUAUCUCUCAGAUUUAUGCAUAUGCAAGGAUGAGAUUGUUAAGUUGCUUGUUACCCUGUUGGAUUACACUGAUCUUGUUAAUAUGCAGUUUGAGAUUAUUGAAAAGAAAUUCUCAGUAUUUGGUAAGGAUGCUGAAUCCAUCUUUCUUUUAGUUAAGAGCUCUCUCAAUUGGGGUCAUCUCGAACAACAUAAACUCUGGGGCUUGAUAAGGUCAGAGCUUAUAGUUUCAAAGUUUCAGCUGGAGAGCCUAGUUUGGAAACUUUUCUUCUCAGACAUAUUAGAUGCAAGCUUGCAUGCCAUCGCCAUCGAAGGUCUUCUAAAUUUGUGCUGUUAUAAUACACCAUCACCUGAGCUUGUUGGGGCAAUCAUGUUAUUACCCAACGAUCCAUUUCAGGGCUUCUCUGCUGCGGUCUUGGCUUCCUGGGUUGUAUCUAACGAGUCAAUGCUAUUUCAAAGCUUGGCUGAUUUUGCAGAGAAACUCAGCAAGAUGAGUGAGAGUGAGAUUGUGGUAAAUCAUUCUGCGGUCUUAUGGUUGGUGAAUUAUUAUAAUGCUCGAGGACUGAGCUACUCAACCAUUCAUAGCAACCUGUUUGGAAAGAUUGUUGGAGGAAAUGAAAAAUAGUGAUGAAAAUGUGCGCUUUUGUAUCAAAUGGAGACAAAAUGUUAGAUGUGACCCAGUCUGUUCUAGGAAGAAAGGCUCCCACUGAAAGAUCAUUUUCAUCAUUCGUGCCUGUAUAAUUCAGUUGCGAAAUGCUUGCACUUUUUUCUGUUCUAAAAUUUUGUCCUUUCUCGGAGCUGAAAAGAACAGAGAUGCGUUAAAGGACGGUCAGAGUACAAAUGCUGAACCUGAGGGAGGAUUCAACGAGCCAAGGGAGUUGGUGGCAUGAGCCAAAACUUAAAAAGAUCAGUUCUGUCAGCCCAACUAUGGCUGAAAGGCUUUGUCUAAUGGGCUCGGGUUUCCGAAAUGUGGAAACCGUUGAGCAUGUUUUGGAGCCAAGUAGAUAACUGCAGCUUUGUAUUCUCCGUUCCCAAUACCAUUCACGUUUUACAGUUGGAUGCAGAAUUCAUUUACUGAUAUCUUGAAGUAACUUCAAUUUCAUCAUGGACUCAUGGACUACACGACGAGACUUCCAGUCUCAAGCCUCCAAUUCUUCUUUAGACUUAAACAUGUUUUUACAGCUAUGCUUUUUCAGUAAAGACUCAAGAAAGAGGAUUGGAAUAUAUUUGGCAGUGGUUUGAGGAACUCUUCGGGAACCGUCUCGUGGUUAGACAGAAAUGGAAGAGUGUUUCUUAAUAUGGAGAGGAAUGUAGACAACAUGUGGCAGCUGAUAGUUCUUGAUUUCAAUGAUAUAAAAGGCUCGCACUUUCGACGAACCUCUGGAACAUCUUUGGUAAACAACAGUGUUUUGGAAUGCUUACGCCAGUCUCGGCUUUCGUUUUGAAUAGGAGGACGUUACUUUUGUCAUUGUCAGUUCAAGGCACUCAAAUUAAAGGUCAAAGCCAAUGAAGAUUUGGGACUGAGAUGAUUCGGACACUCAUAGAUUAAGAAAAACAAGUGAAGAUAUGAGACUCGCUCUCAACUUCUGAAUCCGGAUUUACUUCAGAUAUGAAAAUAUAAAAACUCUAGUAGUUUGUUUGUAGAUAUUAUCAUAUUACAUGAAAUGCGAAGAAAAUUGAUAUAGAUGAUAUUCAUAUAGAUUUGCAGCUCCUUUGCCUCAACUAGUUAGUACUCA